UGGCCCGCACGCGAGACAUUUGUAUACAAAUCGGGUAAACUGUGUACCCGCGUGUUUGUACAGUCGUAAACAUACAACAGCUCGUAUACACACGCGCACCAACGAGCAGCGCGUAUCAAAUAAAUGUUUGUGAAUCGGGCAUAAUUGUUUAUCCGUUUGUAUAAAUGUUUAAAGAAUGAUGAAGGAUCAGCAGUUAGACUCCGUCGGUGUUCCCGGACAGUCAUCCGCGUCAACCGGACUGGCCAUUCAGCAACAGUUACUGCAACACCACCCCGGAGUCAUCCUACCUAACGAAUCUUCGAGUAUCAUUACACCAGACAAUUCUGGAACGGAUCCGGAUUCAAAACCGUCAUCAUCCGACAAAAAAAGCGGAAUCAGACGCCAGGAAAAACCUCCUUACUCGUACAUCGCCUUGAUCGUCAUGGCAAUCCAGCAUUCACCAACAAAAAGACUCACACUCAGCGAAAUCUACUCGUUUCUCCAGCAAAGAUUCCCCUUCUUCAGGGGAGCUUACCAAGGAUGGAAGAACUCCGUCCGCCAUAACCUCUCCCUCAACGAAUGCUUCAUCAAACUCCCUAAAGGACUGGGAAGGCCAGGAAAAGGACAUUACUGGACUAUAGACCCAGCCAGUGAGUUCAUGUUUGAAGAAGGCUCUUUCCGUCGAAGACCCAGAGGUUUUCGACGGAAAUGUCAGGCAAUGAAACCACAAUACCAUCCAGCUUCAUUUUUUGCCAAUAACAUGAGCGGAAUGGUUGGUAACCAAGGUGCAGGAUACGAUCAUCAAGCUCUGGUCCAGUCUCAGGAUUACUCUACUUGUUCGUACGGGACUCCAGCGCCUCAGGUGACGUCGGUUUCGGGGUCAGCUUACGGAAACUAUGAUUAUCCCUCUGCGGUGUAUCAGCAGCAAUGUGAAGCUAGGGAAUGGGGUUCGAAUGCUGGGUUGUUGCCAGGGUAUGGAGAGGGUGCGAUUUCGAGCAGUUAUUUGAAAGCUCCGUUGAGUCCGAUGCCGGAUAACCAGGAUACGCCUCCGCCUGCUGUGGAUAACUAUUACCAGUACGGGGUGAUAUCGACGUCUUCGGAUAACCUGAUGAGGCCGUCAAGCAACGGAGGAGGCAUGUCAAACAUCUCGAACCAAUGUGACAGGAAACCCUACCUUACACCCCCUCAUUCUACGUCACUGCCUUCUUCCAUGCCAUCACCCCCUACGUCAAAUACCCCUCACUCAUUCUACGAUGCACCAGUGAAGUACAGUAUGUGAAUAAUAUGUGAAAUAUGCGUUGAUUUUUGAAAAAUAUCGACAUGCGUGUACCUUUGAUGAAAAAUAAACUUUAAACAGGUGUUUUGUAUGCCAAGAUCGAAAUCUUUUGAGUAAAAUAUCAAAGAGCAUACGUAAUGUGGUCUAAAAUAUGUAAAAAAAGUGAUAAAUACAGAAUAGAGAAUGUUUUUUUAUGACUCUUCUGUAAAGGACUUCUAUAAAGCUUCAUUCUGGACCUAAAAAUUAGUGGUUUGAAUUAAUACAAAUUAACAUCAAAGGAACAUCAAAAUUAGUAGUCGUACUAAUCAAUUAGAAGAAAAAGUUAAUUAUAAUAAUUGAAAAUGUAGUUUUUGAUUAUCAUCUGGAUCAAGAAAAAUUGUGAAUAUUCUAUUGCUAGGAUAUUUUAUUAAUUUUAAUUAGAUUUUUUUAUGCAUCGUGAACGAUCACAAAUUCUUAAGUUAAAUAUAAUUGAAUUCCAGUAGCGGCUCGUGACCAUUAGAACUGAUGAGGCGACGGGGGGGUCUAAGCUGCAACAAGUUUAAUAUUUUUUGUUCCUCAGAUAUAAUAUGUUUGAAGGUUUAACCUACUAAAAAUGUCAUAAGAACUUUUUUUUGUUUUUAUGUGUUUAUUUUCUUUUUGUUUUUUUAAGCAGCUAAGCAACAAUAAGCUAGAGAUUUUUUUGCUCCUCAGAUAUAAUAAGUUUGUAAGCAUAACUUAUUAAAAAAGUCAUCAUCGGAACUGUUUCUUUAUUUUUUUUCUUCAGAGUAUAAAUAAUAUAACUUAAACAUAUAUUAGGUAUUAGCUAACUAAUCUAAUGAUCGUAAUAUAACAGCUCUAAUUUGAGGUUUUCGUUCGGUUAGUAAGACGGAAUUUGUCACAUCAAGCUCUACGACGCGCGACGCGACGACAUAAAUAAGAAACAAACAAGUAAAAAAUAGUUAAAAAAUGUAAUUGUAUAAGAAUUAUUCCUUGUAGGUUAAGUUUAUUCGUCUGUCUUUAAAAAUAGCAAAUUUAUCAACUAUGUCAUCAUAAAACUUCCCUUCGUUCUCACUAAGGGUAACCAACAGCGCAAUUGAAAAUAAAGACAAAGCAGAAAGUCUAUCUUGUAACAUUCUAUUUCUUAAGUAAAAUUUUAUCCGUCUUAGACAAGAAAAAUCCCGCUCGACUUGAACACUUGUAAUCGGGAUCGUUAAUUUGUCUUUUUAUCAUUUGUUAUAACACUUAUCUGGGGAGUAGGUCUGUUUCCCUAUAAGACCUCUCGCUUUUCAUCCUCCUGUCUUCUGGAAAACGGGGUUUCUAGAAGGGACAUCACAAUGUCAUGUACAUGAUUCAUUUUAAAGUCUGAUUAUUACAAAAUAAAUCACUAAACUCUGAAUUACGGCUAGAUCACACUACUUGCUACUCACAAAAGCAUAAAACAAACCGACCGAACAGACGUGACGUUUAGUAAUUCCCCGAAAUAUCUAAAGUUAAUUAUUUUGACCAGUAUUGCGUGGAUGCCAAGAGUUCAUAUUUUUCAAAUUUAUUCUAUACUCUCUUCGAUAUACGAUAUUAUUUCCAUAAUUAUUGAUGGGGUAUUUCGUGAAGAUCAAUUAAUAGAUUAAUUUUAAUUACAAAGAGCAUUAUAAUGUCGCAUUAUCCAGCCAUAUCAAGCACGAACUAUUUUUGAACUUAACAAUCAAGUUUGUAAAGAAUGGAUUUUUUUCAUGAAUCUGGCAACAGCGUUGCACUUAAGCGAUUUGGCUGUCGCCUCUGCAGCAGCUAAUUUCACGCUUUCCCUCCGCUUCCCCGACCCACUGAUUUCAAUGUGUGACGUUUUAGUUCAUUGAUAAAAAAAGGUCGGCAGAGGCGGCAAAAAUUACGCCUCAGGAACGCAGAACGAAAAGACGCAUUGUAGUUCAGUUAAAACAGAAACGAUAUGGCGCGAUCGGUUGGUUUAGACCGGUCGAAAAGUAAAAAGCUUGGUAUAUUUUAAUAAAAUUAUUCAAUAUUAAUAUUGCUAUAAUAUAAAUAUACGAUUAGCUGGAAAUAAAUUUGUGUACUACUAAAAGAUAGAAUUUCGAGGUGAGUCGGCGCCUCAGUUGCCUCACCUGACGGGCCGCCACUGUUGAAUUCACUGAUUUAUUCCACUAAUGUUAAGCUUCUGAAUGAAGCAUGAGAUUAUGCUUAUUGUUUAUUAUGAGAAAAUUAGCGAAUUUUUUAGCGCUCUGUAUCUAGUGGAACAGUGUUCAAAAUGUACCUAUAAUUUUGUAUUGCAAAACCAAAGGAUCCAAUCCAAAGUUUAUAUAUAAUAUGUUUAUUUAAAGAAAAUAAAAAUGAUCUAUGUUUAAGAUUCUGUACGAAUUAGUUAGAAUUUAACUAAAAAAAUGGAAAAUGUAUAUAGUUUUUUUGUUUGUCGCGAUUUUUCUUAUUUUAUCUUUUUUUUGGAAAGUGGCAAUUUGAAAACAAUUUGCCAAAAAGAAUAGGUUAUUCUCAAAGUGCCAUAAUGUAUAAAGCUUGUAUUAGUUAUU